GUUUAACGCGAGAGAGUGCGAGAUACGGACUCGUAUACGUCCGUAUGCUCGAACGCGGCGGCGAGUCGUUUUUCUGCGGUUGUCAAUGAGCAAAUCGCAUUGACGAACGGACCGAUGGUUCGUAUACGAAGUGGUCUCCACCGAAGCGCCAGUCAAGACGCAAGCGCACAACAUGGAGCAGGGCCAAUUGUGGAGACAGUACAUCAUAGCCGGCGUGGCGAACAUCGCCAUUACGGCUACUGGUUUUGCUUUGGGGUGGACUUCGCCGGUGAACUUGAAGCUCUUGGAUCCUGACGACACACCCUUGCCGCGACCCGUCACCAACGACGAAAUAUCAUGGAUCGGAUCCCUUAUAUCUGCCGGAGCUAUGUUCGGUCCGUUCAUUGGAGGUUUCCUAGCGUCAACAAUGGGUCGUCGAUGGGGCAUUCUUCUGUCAUCUGUACCACUCAUCGUCGGCUUUAUCUUGAUGAUAGCCGUUCAAAAUGUUGAAAUGAUUUACGCUGGCAGAUUCGUUUGGGGCCUGGCAGUCGGGAUGCUGUUUACGGUCACACCGAUGUAUUGCGCUGAGAUCGCAACGGAUGACACGCGCGGUGCCUUGGGAUCAUUCCUCCUGCUAUUUGUAGUAUCUGGCUUCCUGCUGGUAUACGCAGUAGGACCGUUCAUCUCCUAUUUCGCGCUGCAGUAUGUCGGAGUAGCUAUAGUCGCUAUCUUCUGCGUGCUAUUCUUCUUCAUGCCUGAAACCCCGAUGUAUUAUUUGAACAAAGAUGACGUAGACUCUGCGGCCAAAUCCCUGCAAUUCAUCAGGGGAAAAUCUCGCGCCGGAGUGGAAGCUGAACUAGACAAGAUGGCCGCUGAAGUCAGGGGCGCAAGCCAGAAAACUGCUUACUUAUCGGACGUGUUCCGCGGCGCCAACUUCAAGGCGUUCUACAUCUCGUGCGCCCUCGUGGCCGCCCAGCAGUUAUCCGGCAUCAACGCAGUGCUGUUCUACAUGGCGACCAUCUUCGAAACGGCCGGGGCCAUUCUGGACUCCGCCAUCGCGACAAUCAUCAUCGGCGCCAUGCAGGUCGGUGCCUCAGCAGUCACGCCCCUGGUGGUGGACCGACUCGGCCGCAGGAUGCUGCUCCUCAUCUCCUGCACCGGAACAACUAUUGGACUCGGCCUCCUUGGCAUGUACUUCAUAUUGGACACCAACGGCAGUCCAAUAGUCGACAGCAUGAGGUUCCUACCCAUUCUGGCGCUGACGCUGUUCAUCAUCUCAUACUGCUUGGGCCUGGGUCCUCUGCCAUGGGUUGUAAUUGGAGAACUCUUCCCGAUUGACGUGAAGGCGUUGGCUUCUCCAAUAGCCACGGCCUUCUGCUGGCUGCUGUCCUUCUUGGUGACUAGAUAUUUCUACCUAGUAGCCGAUAUAGUUGGAAUGGGUGUGGUCUUUCUCAUCUUCGGAGUUUGCUGUAUAGUAGCGUUCUUCUUCACAUUCUUCGUGGUGCCGGAGACGAAGGGCAAGAGCUUCCAAGAGAUCCAGGAUAUGCUGGCUGGGAAGGUGUCGCCAUCGAAAACCGAGACAAUUUAAAACCAAAUAAUGUUUUUUAAAACUUACGAUAAAAUACGCGAGCAUUAUGUUAUUUUACUUCGAAUGAAAUAUUUAGUGAAAGGCUAAUUUUUAUAUUGUACUUCAUUGAUAUUUAGUUGUAAUUUAAAAUAUGUCUUCCAGUUUUAUUCGCACUAAGCUAUCGAAUUUAUUGAUUAUGAUAUUUAAUAGAGAAAAAUAUAGUUGUAAAUAUAAUACUAUUAUUAUUUAAAGGGUUCUUGCAAUGAAUUUUAAGUUAAAGCCGUUCCCGUUAUAUCUUAAUAAUAAUAGUGUUUAAAACUUAAAAUUUUGAUAAACGUGAAAGAUUUUAAGAAAAAUAGAUUUAAAAUAAUAGUUACAUGUGAUAAUAAUAUAUUAAUGGGAAAAGCGUGAAUAAAAGCUUUAGGGUUGGUAGCUUGUGAAACGAAUUGUAAACGAAUUAAAACUAGUUUAAUUAAAUUUGUUAGCUUUAAAAAAUAUCAUUCAGCGAUAUUCAGAAAUGGCUUACUUUAUUUAAUAUCUGCGUAAGAGGAACAAUAGGUACAUAAAUGACGUAAUUGGACUAUAUGAAGUUGCUCCUGUAUCAAUGAAUAUUAUGCUCUUUAUAGACUAUACAAUAAGAUUCAUAAUGUUGAUAUUAACUUUCUGAAACUUAAUACGGACUACGCCAGAGGUGCAGACAUUUAAAUCAUCUCUAAAUUCUCUAUUAAACAGUGUAGUAAAUGUAAGGCAGAAAGAGCUUUAUAAACAAACAAAGGCUAUAGGCAAAGGAUAUUCAAUAUUCCCAAGCUAGGAUUAUAAGUGAAAUGUAUUAAUUACUUGUAAAAUUUAUACUAAUUUUAUUUAGGUAUAUUUUAAAAUUUUGUACAUAAAAUGUAAGUUGUGUAACGUC